AUGGAGGAGGCGAAGAGAGGGCCGAAGCGCCGGCAGGGGGUCGAGGGCGGGCUCAUCGUGAAAGCGAGCGCGCGCGAGGUCACUUUCUCCAAGCGCCACCAGGGCCUCUUCCGCAAGGCCGCCGAGCUCUCCAUCCUCUGCGGCGCGGAGGUCGCCGUCAUCACCUACUCGCCCCACGGCAACCCCUUCGCCUUCGCCCACCCGUCCAUCCCCGACGCCCUCAUUGACCGCUACCUCUCGAGUGGGGCGACGGGACCCGCCGCAGACGAAGCCGCCGCUGCCGUGCACAGGAAGCAGCACGACGACGCGGUCGCGAAGCUCGAAGAGGCCAAGAGAGAGGCAGAGAGGAUCGCUGCAGAGGCCGGCGGCAAGAGGAACCGGUGGUGGGAGGAGGCGGUCGGGGACGGCGUGGAGGAGGAGGAGCUGGAGCAUUACGUGGCGUCGCUGGAGAGUUUGAAGAAGCUGGUCGCCGAGAGAGUCGGGCAGUACGAUGAUUUGGGUUUCUACGGCCGAUUACUGGCGACGGACAAGGACAUAAGCAUGGACUUGGAUGCCACGUUUCUCGCUGAGUUGCAGUACUCUUGUUAA